AGUUCCGCGACACAACCCACCUUGUCGCGUUCGGGCCAACCAGUUCAGGACGACCUCCUUCGCCACCGCACGCGACAUUGCCGUGUCCGCGCGGUGCCUCUUCAUGCCCAUGAACCUCCACAUGCUCUCGCUCGUCGUCCACCUCUCCGAGCUGGCUGCCUCCUUGCCCGGCGAGUUCAGAGACCUGGCCGAGCCGGUGCGUCUACCCGGCUGUGUGCCCAUCCUAGGGCCCGACAUCGUCUCGUCGCUCCAGGACCGGUUCGACCCAUCGUACGUGGUGAUGCUGCACCUCGUCGUGCGCUGCCGCGAAGCCGCCGAAGCCAUCCUCAUCAACUCCUUCGACGCUAUCAAGCCUGAGGCCGUCGAGGUUCUGCGCCAUCCAGCAAAGUCCGGCGGCCACCAGUGUACCCUAUCGACCCAGAUCCUUCAGGCCGAGCCCAACGACGGCGGCAGCGUCGAUGUCGAUUUCCUCCAACGCGAAGAAGCGGAGCGUCGGGAGCGCGGUGACGGCGGCAAAGAGGUGUCGUGGGGGAGGAAGAAGUGGGGCGGGGGCGACCUCCUCGCAGCCGCGGGAUGGGAGAUCUGGUGGCAGAGGCGGAUCCAUAGGGGGGGCAAACCGCCUUGGACUCCUGGAUCUAGAGGAGGCAUUGCUCCUCCUUGGAGUCGACGCAGGUGCCUCCGCCUCGACCGCCGCACGAGCACACGCCAAGCCAAUUGGAGAGGGAGUGCGAGGGCGCGGGAUGGCGGAUCUGCUCGAUCUCAAGACUUGGCGGGCGCGGCGGACGGGAUUGACGACGGGGCGGGGCAGGAGAUCGCGCGGCGGUCCAGGGGCGCUGUGCCGCUGUCGGCGCGGGAGUGGGGACGCACGGGCGGGGGCACGGUGGACGCCCACGUUACCUCCUUAUAG